AUGCUUGAUUUUGAUGACCAAUCUGAUGUUAUUCAUACAAAUAAAAUUCAACCAAUUAAUUUAAUUCGUUUAUUAAUUGCAUUAGAACAAACAAGUGUUGAUGCAAUGAGAGAUGAUUAUUCAAUAUUAGAACUAGUUAAAGAUGAUACAUCAACAAAUAAAUCAUCUAUUAUAACAUCAACAACAAUAUCUGUAGCAAAUAUGACUGUUGUUGCAGAACUUGGUCAAGGAAGUAUGAUUGCACUAGCUACCAUCAAAACCUUGGAUUAUUGUUAUGGUGAUGAUGAUACAAUUUUUACUGUAUUAAAUUGUAUUGAUGAUUGUGUUACUGUUGAACGUGAAGAAGUUAAAAUAAUUGGAAAACUAUCUAUUGGUAUUAAAACAAUGAUUGGAGCAUCAGAAUCAUUAACACGCACAUUUGUUAGACCAAAACAUGAUACAUUAACAGAUGGUGAUAAACAUAAAAAAGCAUCUGAAGUUCGUUGGUCACGUGAUACACUUCUAUUUGUAAUAUCAACAUUUGCUCAUUUUUCAACGCAACAUUUAAAAGAAUUAAUUAAAUUAAUAAAUGAUCGAACAUUACGUAUUCAUGAAGCACUUAAUGCAAAAUCUCAUACAUGUCUUGCUAAUAUGGCACAUGCAUUACUUGAAUUAGAUGGUUAUGAUUCUAUAACAAUGUCAUAUCGAGGUAUACAAAAUUAUUUUCAAAAAUUAUUACCAUGA